AUUUCUUCGUUGUAUUAUCUUUGGUACGUGACUACCGGACACUGAUCCCAUGUUACUUGCAGCGUCUAACAUGUCAUCUACAGCUCACCAGCUUGCUUUUAUCUAUUGCGACUUGCGUAGCUACGGAUUAUGGGUUGGGAAAGCAUUUUCUUUUACUCGGAGUUUCUGGCAUGCAAGCCUUCAUCAAAGCCUUUUACGUUUGCAACGGCGCAUACCCAAUGGCAACAGCCCUAAUCAAAUUGGCCUUACUGUUCCAAUACUUACGAAUGUUCGAACACAACACCAAAUCUCGAUUCGUCACCAUCGUGAUUAUUGUCAUCACCGCACUAUGGGGUGUAGCUUACUCCUUCAUCGCCUGGAUCCCUUGUCUCCCUGUCUCAGCCUUCUGGGACCUAUCGUCGACGACCGAGACCCGAUGGGCCUUUGGCUCCCGUGAUCCCGUCAUCUUCGCGCGCAGCUUCGAGAGUCACGUCGGAAUGAACGUUGCAUUGGACCUGAUUGUAUUCGCGAUACCUAUCCCGUUGUUUCUGGAGGCUGGAACUCGGACGAAGUCGCGCUUGGGCCUACUUGGUCUGUUCACCAUGGGUGUCCUUGUGAACGUACUUGGAAUCUUCCGUCUCAUUGGCAUUUCACACUCGAGAGCGGGCACCUAUCCGACUCUUGACCCCAGCUGGUACGGCUGCGUGCCCAUCGUACUCGCUGCGGUCGAAAUCAACCUGGCGACGAUUUGCGCCUCCCUGCCCGUCUUCUGGCCCACCCUACAAAGCAGUAUCGGCCAGAUUUUUAUCACAAAAGAAAUCGAAAUCACUUCCGAGAUACGCCGUCUCAGCAGUCUUCGCGACGAGGAGGCCACCGCUGAGCUGUGCGACUUUUCAUCAUCACCACAAAAACCGAGCAAGACGUAUGGAGGAGCCGAGGUUCAUGAGAGGUGGUGUAUUAAUGAGUCCCCCUUGAGGUCGACGAAAGUUGAGGUCGAAUCAAGGGGUCUUCACACAAAACCGAGCGAAAAGUCGCUGUUCUCUGAAGGGUUCAAGAGGAUGGCGGAUGAUCAGGAGUCAUAUGAUCGUCUCGUUCCGUCUCCAUCACGCAGUCGAUUGAGACCAUGAGUAAUAAAAGUUCCGAUUCACAUUCACGCAUUACUUAGCGAUAUG